AUGGAGCCUGGACCGCAAGUUUCGCUCUCCGAGUUUCACGAGUGGUAUGAUAGCGAGCAUGUUCCUCUGCGCAUCCAGCGAUUUGCAUCGUUCCGAUCUGCUACUCGCUAUGCAGUCACAUCGACCGAAUUGACCCCGUCGCUGCCGACCGAACAAGUGCCCAUUCCACCGCCGUCGAGCUGGGGUGCAUUCUACACCAUCUCGAACAACGACACGUUUGCCCAUGUUUCAUACACCUCGUUGCGAACCCAACGCAGUGCUAGAGAGGCCGAGCUGUUCACCCGACUCAGCAUCAUCGAUCGACGAAUCUACCGACUCGAAUACGACAGCGACCUCGAUGCAAACAUCAGCGUCCCCCGCAUCAAGCUAGCUCUCGACGUUCAAACCGAAGCCGAUACUCCGCUUUACAUUGUCGCCAACAGCGUUGACAUGCAACCAUCGGCCAAGCACGAGUACGACGAUUGGUUCGAAAACGAACACGUACCCAUGCUCUCCAAGGUGCCAGGCUGGAGACGGAGUCGCAGAUUUACGCUCAUCGAUAACGGAGUCAACGGCAAAGACGCGCGCCCAGGCAUGCACGAGGGUGUGCCAAAGUGUCUGGGCUUGCACGAGUGGGACGAAGCACCCGAGCAAAAGGCCGAGUACAAGCAGGCAUGCAACACCGCAUGGAGACGCACCGUAUUGGGUGACAGCGACCAGAAUCUCAUCCGCAGGGAGAGAAAGACAUGCACGCUCUACAGGAGCUGGGACCCCAUCGCUGCCAUCCACGCCCAAGCCAAGCAACACUGA